CAGAAAAAAUGUUUAAAAUAUAUUUACAUUUAAGAAGCUGAAAACAGAAUUCUGUCUUUUUUCCCCCAUAAAAAACUACUUGAACCAUUAAUCGAUUAUCAGGAUUAAUUUAGUUAAUUAGUCAAUUAAUUAGUCGAUUACUAAUCGAUCAACUGUUGCAGCUUUAACACAAACACUGUGAUUAUAUAUUUUUUGAACUGUCAUAAAUGUGUCAUUUCGAGCUCUGCGGCCUGAUGCUUUGUUCUUAUCGGAUGGAUGAGCGAGUUUGAUUGAAGCAGUUGUCAUGUAAAUGCGGAGCCGUGUGAUGGACGAGCCCGCAGACUUUGACAGAGUGCCGCGGCUCCCUCGUCCCAUUGGCGUUGGGCGGGUCACGUGGUGGUGUGUCAGGAAGGUGAUAUGAGGGGUGGAAGGGCAGUUUUACAGCUUUGACAUACCACCUAGAAGGUUAGGGGCAAAAGAGGGGAGCAGCGAUUAAUGACUGGCUCGGUCUCGAUCACUUCUGAACAAACAAAGGAAGGAAGAAAGAAAGACAAAAAAAAAGCCAAGAGGUCCAGAGGAUGAACUCCUACUUAGACUACCCCAUGUGCAACCGGGGGGCGAACAUUUUCAGUGCCAAGGCCGGAUACCACCACAAUCUGAACCACGGAUACGUGUCGUCCAACUCGUGCGCAACAGGUGAUAGUUACGCACCGGACGGCCGCUUGGUCGGCGCGGCCCCCGCGCCCCACCAGACCCCGAGUCUGCCCCUGACGCACCACCACCACCACCAGACGCACGUCAACCUCGACCUGCAGUUUUCAACGCCGGGGAACUCAGUCGUGUACGGCUCACCUCUGGAGUUCGGCCACCAGCAGCAGCAGCAGUACGGCCUCGCCUCCGAGCAGGACCGGAACUUCAUCCACGCGCAAGUCUCGCCCCUCGGAGCGAACAUGGCCCCGUACGCCGGGGACGGCUGCGGGCCUGGAGUGGCAGCCGGCGGCCAGUACCUGCAUUUUGGCAACGGAGGAGAGCAGAGGCAGCAGCAAGAAUACUCCGAGGGUGUUUACACGAGGCUACCGCCCCAGAGCAAGGAGAAGGAUCCGGAGCAUGUGGAGGACACGUCGAAGACAUUCGACUGGAUGAAAGUGAAGAGGAAUCCUCCUAAAACAGCCGUCCUGUCCGAGUUCGGCGUCCCCGGGCAGCACAACGCGAUCCGCACCAACUUCACCACCAAGCAGCUCACCGAGCUGGAGAAGGAGUUCCACUUCAACAAGUACCUGACGCGGGCGCGGCGGGUGGAGGUGGCCGUCAGCCUGGAGCUCAACGAGACGCAGGUGAAGAUCUGGUUCCAGAACCGCCGGAUGAAGCAGAAGAAGCGCGAGAAGCUCGGCGGCUCCUCUCUGGUCAACACCGCCGCACCUGUGGAGAAGCUCUGCGGGCCCGACACUCCUCCGAAGUCGAAGGGGAAAGACUCUGAACCAUAAUGACUUCAAAAAAAUAAAUAUAUAUAUAUAUAUAUAUUAUAUGAAAGUGAGGGAAUGAGUUUUCCACAUCUCCCCCUCAGUCGCACGAUUCCAGCAAAAACAGAAAAACAAAUCAAAACUGUGAAAAAUACUUUCGAACUUGUGUAUAUAGAGAUAAACACUGUAUGUCUGCGUCUGCUUAUUGUUUUGACACUGAAUGCAGAGAUUUAAAUGUUUUUGUUUUAUUUUUAUUAAUUGUCUUUUCAUCCAUUCUUGUACUUUGUAAUGUUCCUAUGAAAAGGCCCCAGGCUGCGUUUGUGUUGGAGCACUGACGUAUCACUCAGUGUCAUUGUUUGCACUAUUUAUUUACAGGGUAUUUUCCAACAACUGUCAAGGUGAUUUAGUUUAAUAAAGUCUAUAAAAUGAGAACAAAACAAAAAAAAGUUGUAUUUGCUGAGAAACAAUGAUACAGAAUUUACACAAAGUCUAUAAUAACUCUACAUCUCGAAUCGCAUUAGAAAAACAUUCUUCUUUUCUCUAUAUUUGCUUCCAUUAAUUGUCUUCGACC